AUGACCCCCCAACCGAAACCACGCCUUUGGGUCCUCCCAUUCGGCCUCUACCCUCGUCGUGUAACAAUCUACCUUGAAGAGAAAGGCAUCGCCGACAGGUUUGAAAUCAUCCCCGUAAACGUCACCACAAAUGGCUUGGAAGAAGUCGAAGGCAAGCCAUCCGGAACCGUUCCCAUCCUCGAAAUCUCCUGUCCCACGGCAGAGCAGCCCGGGAAGUACAUCUUCCAAAGCACGGCGAUCCUCGAGUAUCUGGAAGACGUCUACGGCCCCGAAGGCCCCGACAUGCGAGGCUCGACGCCCGAAGCUCGUGCGAGAAUGAGGGAGUGCAUGGACAUUGUGAAUGAAGUUACGACAUGGCUUGUCUUGUACGUUCAGCAUGGGUCGAGUCUGUACGGCAUGAUGAGAGAGCAGUCGCGGGAGACGGCUGUGGAUGGGUUGGAGCGGAUGCGCAAGGCUUUGAGGGUUUUGGAGGGUCUUGCGGAUGAGGAGGGCCCGUUUUUGGUGGGCGAAUCGCCGACUUUGGUUGACUGUAUAUUGAUGGCGACGGCGCAGUUUGCUUGGGGUGUUUAUGGGGUUGAUUUGACGGCGAGGCAUGAGAGGGUGAAGAUGGUUGUCGAUGCUUUUGGGAGGAGAGGGACAGCGGUGUUUCCUGGAUUGCCUGAGGAGAUGAAGCAGAUGAAUAUCUCGAUGUCUGUUGUGUAG